UCUCUCUCUCUGCUUCAGUAUAAAUAGUGGACUGCUUCUAUGUUUCUAUUUACACCGCUUUCCGUGCAUCUGCCCAUCCCGGGUGUGGUUGGGAGCUAGAGAUGAAGGGUCACCUUGUCCUCGGACUCCUUCUCUUGGAACUGGCCCACAUCCGGCUCGCUGGUUCUGCAGCGGUUCCAACCGUCCCUUUCCUGUCAGAGGAAAGACCCAUUGAUGGGCCGAAGGUGGAACUGAAAUGCAUCGCUCCCAGUGUACUGUUCAAAACGAAGGGCGGCGUGGAGAUCUGCGUGGAACCUUCUGAGACAUGGAUGCAGAAAGCACUAGAUGCGCUGAAGAAACGCUUUCAGCAAGGCUAGUACGAAGAAGCCGCCAGAGCCCUGGGACAGAGGCGACUCGUCAAAUACAACAUGUGUCCAGGGCAAUAUCAGCCGGCUAUAAUCGCCGUCUCUGCUUGCAAUAUCAUUCGCUUCAGGCCAUGUAACCGGCGGCCCUGGGCAUAUGUCCUUUCGGCAGUAUAUUUGCAAACCUAUGGUUUACUCUGUCCUUGCUCAGUCUACCUCCCUCUUGGUUCUGGCGAUGCUCGGAGUACUUGCUUCCGCAGUCGGAGAAGAGAGCCAGAUCUAUACACCUAAACAUCAGUAUAAUAAUGUAGAUAAUAAAUUCAGCCAUGCACCUCUCUGUGGCUUGGUAUUAAACGAG